GGCCCUUGAGCAGAUGGUGGGAAGUGAAGAUGAUCCAACGGUAGCUGAGGCUCAGGCUGCCUGGCAGACAUUCUCAGCAUGGAUGAAAGAACAUCACCUACAGCUCAACCUGGCAAAGACUGAGCUUUUCGUCUUCCCUGAAACACAGACUCUACAGCAUGAUUUCACCAUGCAGCUAGGUUCAUUAACAACUAGCCCACCAAGUUCGUUCAGAAAUCUUGGUGUAAUCUUUGAUGACCAGCUGACUUACAAAGACCACAUUGCAAUAACCACUCAUUCAUACAUGUUUGCACUGCACAACAUCAGAAAGAUCAAGCCCUUCCUAAUGGAGCAUGCUGCACAACCUCUUGUCCAGGCCCUUGUCAUUUCUAGGCUGGACUACUGCAAUGCUCUUCUUGCUGGACUUCCAUCAUGCGCAAUAAAACCUCUACAAAUGAUUCAGAAUGCAGCGGCACGACUGGUCUUCAGCAUGCCCAAAAGGGCCCACGUUACACCUCUCUUUAUCUCCCUGCACUGGCUACCGGUUGCGACUUGCAUCAAGUUCAAGGCACUGAUGCUUGCAUAUAGAACAGCCACGGCCUCAGCACCCUCUUACGAAUCUACAUCCCCUCCAGAAGCCUGAGAUCUACAAGUGAGCGAUGCCUUGUGGUACCAUCACAGAAAGGCACAAAAUCACUUUCCAGUUCCUGGCUGGUGGAAUGAUCUUCCCACCCCAUCUAGAAUUAUGAAUCCCUUGCAAUUAAUACAA